AUGUCAAAAUUCGUUCACAAGGCUGAAGAGGUUCUGACCGGCAACCACCACGACUCAAUCCGCUCAUCCGAUUGUGAACCUCACAACUUGAACCCAGCUAGUAAGGUCGGACUCCAUGAGGAAAAUUACCAUGUGAAAACGGUAGGAGAGGUUAUGCACAUCGACUUUAGUUACAGUAACGAUGGCUGA